CAACACCGCAGAACCGCGACUAUAUAAAGGAUUGCAGAGACUAGGAGACGUUGAAAGCAUACACGAGAGUUGACAAGAAAGCUAGUAAUUCCAUAAGGAUUAAGUUGUGUUUCAGUGUUAGUUGGUCACGCGUUUUUCAGAGUUAAAUACUGUAAGCAUGGAGUACCCGACGAAGGACAAGCUGGCGCUGGCCGAGCACCCAGUGACUCCCGCCCCAGGAUCCUCAGAGGCGUCAGCAGCGCAACCCGGAGAAGAAGAGUACUGCUGUUCCUGCUGCAGUUAUCGCACGGGCAGCAUCACCGUCGCCAUCCUCUACCUGGUGGGGGCCUUAAGUUUCUUAGGCGUUGUAAUCGGUAUCCUCUGCAGUGCGGAUGUGAGAGACAUUGGAGCCGUGAUUUUUGUCCUGCUUGGUGUGUUGACCGUUUCAAUCAUCUUUAUCUCCUUGAUGUUUUACGGUGUCGUAAAGCGCCGUCCCCAUUUCCUCCUACCCUGGGCUAUCUGGGAGGGCUUCAACAUUGGCGUCGGAGUGGCGGGUUUGGUCGUCUCCCUCUUCACUGUCGGCGUCACUGCACUCGCAGGCUUGGUUAUCCUUUCUAUACGAUGCUACUGCCUUUUCGUCGUCCAGGUAUAUCGUGGUCAGCUGAUAGCCCAACUUUCGAAGUCAGAGGUCAACGCCCAGGCCUAAUUUGCGGAGAUGCAGCCUCCCCUUCCUCCCACGCUGCGCUUCCGAGAACUGACGAAGUUUGUUGUGAAGCCUCUAGUGUCUCUUUGUGCGCUAUUUGCGUGAGUGUAUGGAUAGAUGUAUCUAUACGUAUAUAGAUGGUGAUUCUUGUAGCUUUUGUAUGAACUUAUAUAGCUCAAUCUACAUUUAUAUAUAUAAAUAUAUACAAAAGUAGAACCUGUUAAUGAAUUUUGCUAUUUACAAGCGGUUGCAAACACAAAACAAGACCAAUCAGAAAUGGCAUAGCAAAAAUGCAGUAAUGUCAUACGCAUCCACACACACAUGAGAUGUAUGUGUUCAUAAAUAUAUAUAUAUAUAUAUAUAUAUAUAUAUAUAUAUAUAUAUAUAUAUAUAUAUAUAUAUUAUAAAUUCGUAUACAAUUGUUUGUUUUUAUGUAUUAUUGUUUGUUUUCGUUAUGUAAUAUUUUUUAUUCCUUAUGAAAUAAAAUCUGCAUCCUUAU